CAGGGGCUGGGUUGGGGCGGGGCAGGCGAUGGAGAGCAGAUCUGAGCUCCUGGGCCACCUUCGUGCCCGCUGCUGCCCAGCUGCCCAGGAGGCCGGGAGCCUGGCCAGGCACUCCGCACUCCUGCCGAGCCCCACCAUGCUCAGAGCCACCACCUCAGCUGUGCCCCGGGCCCUCUCGUGGCCCGCCGCACCCGGCAACGGCAGCGAGAGGGAGCCGCUGGACGACCGGGACCCGCUGCUGGCCCGGGUGGAGCUGGCCCUGCUCUCCACGGUCUUUGUGGCCGUGGCCCUGAGCAAUGGCUUGGUCCUGGGGGCCCUGGUGCGGCGGGGCCGGCGGGGCCGCUGGGCGCCCAUGCACGUCUUCAUCGGCCACUUGUGUCUGGCCGACCUGGCCGUGGCUCUGUUCCAAGUGCUGCCCCAGCUGGCCUGGGAUGCCACCUACCGCUUCCGUGGGCCUGAUGCCCUGUGCCGGGCGGUCAAGUACCUGCAGAUGGUAGGCAUGUACGCCUCCUCCUACAUGAUCCUGGCCAUGACGCUGGACCGCCACCGCGCCAUCUGCCGCCCCAUGCUGGCAUACCGCCACGGAGGUGGAGCUCGCUGGAACCGGCCUGUGCUGGUGGCCUGGGCCUUCUCGCUGCUUCUCAGCCUGCCCCAGCUCUUCAUCUUUGCCCAGCGCGACGUAGGAGACGGCAGCGGGGUCCUCGACUGCUGGGCCCGCUUUGCCGAGCCCUGGGGCCUGCGGGCCUACGUCACGUGGAUCGCCCUGAUGGUGUUUGUGGCGCCUGCCUUGGGCAUCGCCGCCUGCCAGGUGCUCAUCUUCCGGGAGAUUCACACCAGCCUGGUCCCGGGGCCGGCGGAGAGGGCUGGGGGGCCCCGCGGGGGGCGCCGGGCGGGCAGCCCCGGCGAGGGAGCCCGGGUGUCGGCGGCCAUGGCUAAGACGGUGAGGAUGACGCUGGUGAUCGUGGCUGUGUACGUGCUGUGCUGGGCGCCCUUCUUCCUCGUGCAGCUCUGGUCCGUGUGGGACCCGAAGGCGCCUCGGGAAGGGCCCCCUUUCGUGCUGCUCAUGCUGCUGGCCAGCCUCAACAGCUGUACCAACCCCUGGAUCUACGCCUCCUUCAGCAGCAGCAUCUCCUCGGAGCUGCGGAGCCUGCUCUGCUGCCCCCGGAGGCGCACCCCGCCCAGCCUCAGGCCCCAAGAGGAGUCCUGCGCCACCGCCAGCUCCUUCUCGGCCAGGGACACCGCGUCCUGAGAAGCCAGGGGCUGCCUGCCUUCCAGGGGCUCCGGGAAGCUCAGUUGCCUGCCUGGGUCUGGCCUGGGAGCCGCUGGGAGAAGGGGCCCGCUGGGAAUGGGCUCCGAGAUUGUGAGGGGCCCGGCAGGCAGCUCCUUGGCGCCGGGCGCGGGGAGGGGCUGCGGGGGUGCGCUGCAGGCUCCGGGGGCCGGCACAUGGCUUUCAGCCCGACUGGUGCCUGCUCUGCCGGAGAGAUGGAAGCUUCCUUUCCCCACCCCUCCAGUCCGCCUCUGCCCUCCCUUCUGACUCUCUCCCUCAUAAACGUUCCAGCUCAUUUUCCA